GACGUACUCGUGGGGAUACAAAGUAUAAAAGCUUUCUAUGGCGGAAGGUACGGCUGUUUACUCUAUUUCGUACCGGUACCAUUAGUGUCCAAUCCAGAUGAGAUUUUACAUCGUAGCGGCCGCCCUUUUGGCCGUGGCUUCGGCAGCCUCCAAGAAAGAAUACGCUCCACCCGUGGCCAUCUUGAAACAAAUCGACAAGCACAACGAUGACGGCUCCUACAGCUACGGCUACGAAGCUGCGGACGGAACCUUCAAGAUCGAAACCAAGUACCCGGAUGGCGAAGUUUACGGCAAAUAUGGAUACAUCGACGACACCGGAACCUUGAGAGAAGUGGAGUACGGUGCCAGCCGCAGAGGUUUCGAACCAACUGGAAAUGAAAUCCAGGUGGCGCCACCUACUCUGAGAAAUAGCCAAGCAGCCCCAGCGAGGCCUUUAGCUCCCAAUGAGGAGGACGAUGGGCAGUAUCGCGAGGAUCCUGCUAUGUACUACAAGGACGAUCCCUAUGCCCAGCAACAACCCCAGCAAAGGGAAUACCAGCCUACUGGCAGGUACCAGCCAUCCAGUAGGUACCAGCGACCACAGUCUAUUUACGCGGAGCCUGAGUACGAACCUGAACCUUACAGGCCUAUUUACCAACCGGAAACAACCUACAGACCGGCUUACAGGCCACAGGCUUCUCACAAACCUCAACCUUCUUUCAGACCUCAAUCCUACUACGCGCCUGAUCCAGAACCUGAACCUGAGUACAGGCCAGUUUACAGGCCUGAUCCGCCCAGGUCGUACUACCAACCCCAACCUCAGCCACAGCCUGCUUAUAGGCCCCAGUCCAACUUUGGGUUCAGUAAUGAUAAUAAUUAUCACAACCCACCUUCCUAUAACAAUAACUAUAGCAACCCUCCUUCCUACAAUAACUACGGUGGCCCUUCUUGGCAAGGUCAUCCUGCGACAAAUGUCGAUAUCAAUACAGGAUCGUACUCAGUGAGUUAUAAAAGAUAAAUAUUUCUAGAACGGGUUAUACUAUUUUUAGUUUGGAUAGGAUAAGGUAGAUAUUUAUGUGUAGAUAUCGCUCAGACUGUUGUAGGGAGCCAUCAUUGGUAGUCUUACUUUUUCUAAAUUCAUUAUUCCAGUACGAGAUAGUAGAAAAAAAUAUCCAGGUCUUCCAUUUGGGAUCGAAACUAUAUUUUGUCAAAUGUUUCAAACAAAUGACGGUUUUGAAGUAAGUGGUCGACUUUUAUGCUGAGGACUGCUUCUGAGAGAUCAAGAAGCAAGUGGUUUAUAUUUCCCGUUCGAUGAAAACUAUAUCCGUACAUUCAAAAUGGUAGAAUUUUUGACUUUGUAACACCUACGAAAGGUCUUCUAUCUGUGUUAAUCUCUGACUUAAUCGAGAUUAUUCUAAAUUCUUCAACCCAUAUAUGCAGGAGAGAAGCAUUACAGAGUCUUGACGAAAUGCUCUCAAAAAAGUCUCGUCUAAUUUGGGCUUCCAGAAGGUACAGAAUUUUACAGUUUUGUAGUGUAGGAACCGAAAAUUGAUUUGCAUCAACUAACUUCUGUAUUGAUGGAGUAAUAGUCCCACUCAACAAAAUUUCCUUUCACUGAAUGACACAAUAAUUCAUCAUAAAUUUAGUUAGCUGAUUACACAUAGAAAAUUUACAUUUGUAAACUAUCAUUGAACAUUUAUUCUGAUAACAGCAAUGUAUUCAUUCAGUAUAUCAAUUUCGCCAGUCUGUAGAACAAUUGAUAGGAACAAAUGUUAAUGUAACUGCUCCAGGGCUUGUAGAGUGAGUUGAAUCAGCUCUGUUGAAACAAUGUCAUCUUAGUAUCCAGAUGGAAUACUAUGAAAAACUUUUGUGAAAUCGAAUCUCACUAUAUUCAAUGACUAGGAAAAUCUCCAUCAUAGUGACGGCAACUUUUAUUAUAUUUUAAUAAGUAGGUGAGAUCUAAAAACAUUGAGAAUUAAUAAUUUUCACAGAAAAACAAAGCCUUGCUCCAAAAACCAAGAAAUCAGUCGUUUUGAAAACUUUAAAGGCUUGUUUUCCUUUGCAUGGACCAAGGAGUAUUUUCAUAUAUAUGUGGAAUAAUUUUAAUUUUGAUCAACCAACAAGUCUUUCCACAAAAACAUAGAUAAUUUUGAGGAUGUUUUUAUCUUCAAAUUGUCAUAUAAUCAUCCAAUAAAUCUUUAUUUGAGAAAGCCUAUUCCUGUCUAACUGGUAUUUGAAUAAAAUUAUACCUAGCGAUUUCUCAAUGGAAAUAGAUAAUCCAGUUUCACAAAAAAGUCCUAAUCUACUUGAGUUUCAGAGUUAUUCGACUUUGACUGAUUUUCAAGAAGAACUCCAUUGGCUUUUAAGUUUUCGUGACAACUGCUACUGUGAAAAGGCAUUAGAUAACUUCUAUGCUCAUUUUCCUUAUAAAAGUUCAUUCCAAAAAGCUGAAUAUUUCUUGGUCGAAAUGAUGUUUUAUUGUUGCUUUUGUCGAAAACCAAAAAACACGUCAGGAUUGUGUUUGAAGUUUUUGGAAGUUUCAUGUCAAUUUUACAGCUAUAGAUUUCCGAAAGAAAUGAUCAGCAUCAGUAGAAGCACGAGAAUUCAGUUAUAAGAGGCAUCAAAAUAGUCAACCCAAAAUCAUAAAGAGAUCUUGCCUAAUAAACAGCCACAAGAUUUUGAACUUGAUGAUGAAUAAUUGAUAGCUUAGAAGCUGUGGGUGUCCCAAGAACAGAUUUACCUCUUAUCUCUUCUAGAUAAACAACAGUUUCAAUUUAUUAUUAUUUUUUAUUUAUUACACACAUUGACACAUUUGUACAUAUACCUAGAUAUUCAGCAAUAUCUUUGUUGUAUUUCUCAAUUAUCCAAUAAAACUUCGAAACAACCUC